GGAAAAGAGCAGAGUAAUAUGAGUUCAAAAAACGACAACGCAUGUCCAUAAGACAGAGAAAACGGUGAAGAACCUCAGACGGAGCCGCUGUUGCAGCUGCAACAGCAAGUGCAGCAAUUGCACCUGCAACCCGACCAAGAACCGCUGUUGCAAAUAUUGCAAGUGCAGCAGCAGCAAAUGCAGCAAAUGAAUAAUUUGCUGCAAAAAAUCCAGCAGCAGCAGCAGGAACAGCAGCAGCAGGAACAGCAGCAGUAUGCUCAGUACAUCCCGCACCCAGUACCACACCCGCAGCCGUAUCAGCCGCACGUAUCGCAGCUGAAUGAGCUGUACGAGCCUGAGGAGCAGAACUCGUACAGAGCGAAACAGGCGCUAAUUCGCGAGUAUAGUAGGAGGAAAAUGAAAAAGCUGCGGCGGGAAACAGCGCCAUGGCCCAGUCGCGGCCGCGGGAAUGGGAAUGGAGGCGGUCGCGGGAAUGGAAAUGAAGGCGGUCGUGGUCGCGGCUGUAGUGGCCGCAAUAUAGCUUUUUAUUUUUAA